AUGCAUACUAACGUUCCUGCUGAGAAAUUCUCUCCAUCACUCACAGACCUCAAAUUAAGUCAUGAUAAGCAGAUUCCGUGGGGCCAGCUAUAUGCGGAAUUAUCAAAGAGUCACAAGGUUAUGGAAUUCGCUUGGAAGGAUGCAACGGUUGUUUUAUUCCUCUCCACAGUUCAUGAUGGCCAGAACUACGUCGCCAAGCUACGGAGGCGCCCAGCUACUACCAAUAAGGGCUACAGGCAAACCGUAAAGAUGUUCAGAAAUCAGCCAAGAGCGGUGCUUGAUAUACCAGAGUUUAUCGAGGAGUACAACCUCUGGAUGUGCGGGGUUGAUAUUGCAGACCAGUUACGCAGCUACUACAAUAUAAAUCGUGUCUAUAGGAAGACCUGGAAGCCACUAUUUAGUUUCCUAUUAGAUAUAGCUGUGGGCAAUAGCUACAUGCUCUCCUCAUAUAGGCCUGAGCCGGGCUCCGGUGAGCGAGCCCUUCGACGAGAUUCGCAUCUACAAUUCUGUCGAGACCUACGAGACGCCUUACUGCAUGCAUCUGUUUGUGUACGUAAGCCACCUAGUAAGGAGGGCAUGAAAGGGUGGAUGGAUAUUGUGUGGAAGCCGGUCAGGGAGCAUCAGCUUGUAAAACAGUUCACCAAGCAGCCUACGUGCGCUGCCUGUUCAUACAAGCACCGCACAAGCUCACAGCCUCAUCGCGGUAAUCGGAAACCACUCGCAGAUCUAUCAAUUAACACUACAAUGAAGAGUAGAGAGGAUAGCCGUGGUUGGAAGCGCCGUCAGCGGCCGCCAAGGACGAAUUGGGGGUGUUCUGUAUGCCAUAUUCCCUUGUGCAAGAAGGGGAGGUGCUGGAGCGAGCACGUGGCUAAGCUCACCACUAAGGACUAG